ACUGACAACCUUGGAAAGUGAACAGGUCAACGUACACUUAUUAACCUUUUUGUUUUGCAUAUCAUACUAUUUUAUAUAUAGACUUCAAUUUUGUCACAUAGCCUCCCUCCUCUCUCUUUUUUUUUUUUUAUGAGAUCACCAAUAUUAAACAUUUUAUCAUACACUAGGGAAAUAGUGAUUAUUUGCACUUUUUUCACUUUACUUUAUCUACAAUCCAUUCAUGUUGUUUACUUUAUUAUUUGCGCCAUCUUGACAACCCUGAUUGCAAAGGUACUCAAGAAGAUCAUCAAACAACCACGGCCUCAACAAACCAAGAAAAAGACAAGCUAUGGCAUGCCUUCUUCUCAUUCAGCUGCUAUUAGUUUUUUUACGACGUACUUGCAGUGCGUUGUCAUGGCAAUUCCAGGCACUAAAGCGAAAUUAUUUAUGUUGGCUUUUCAUUGUUUUUCCCUAGCCGUUAUUUGGUCGCGUGUAAGCCUGGGGCAUCAUACAAGAGCACAAGUCAUUGCAGGCACAUUCCUGGGCAUCGUAUGUGCCAGCAUAUCAUUUAUGCUUUGGCAGCAUUACUUGCCUGUUCUAUUGCAGUAGUUCUAUCGUUUUCUAGACCUCUAUUGAUCAAUAACAAAUUACCCUUUCAAUUUGUUUGUGACACUCCAUAAGUCUUGUCUUUUUUUUAGAAAAAAAAACUGGUUUUGACAGAAAAAUCAUACAAUUUUUGUAUAAGCAUGGUCCAAGCACAUCCAUCUUGAAAUAGAGAUAUGUAUUUGAAA